GCUCUGUUGCCACUGCGUGUCGUGAUCCAGGCGUUCCCAUGAAUGGAACUCGAAAUGGGGAUGGACGAGAACCUGGGGACACCGUUGUUUUUCAAUGUGACCCAGGCUAUGAGCUUCAAGGAGAGGAAAGAAUAACCUGCAUUCAGGUAGAAAAUCGAUACUUCUGGCAGCCCAGCCCACCAGUCUGUAUAGCACCCUGUGGAGGCAAUUUAACAGGAUCUUCAGGCUUUAUUCUUUCACCAAACUUCCCUCACCCAUAUCCCCACAGCAGGGACUGUGAUUGGACCAUCACUGUCAACACAGACUACGUAAUCUCCUUGGCAUUUAUCAGUUUUAGCAUAGAACCAAACUAUGACUUCCUCUAUAUAUAUGACGGACCAGAUAGUAAUAGCCCACUGAUUGGAAGUUUUCAAGAUAGCAAAUUACCAGAGAGAAUAGAAAGCAGCUCAAAUACCAUGCAUUUGGCUUUUCGGAGUGAUGGAUCUGUUAGUUACACUGGAUUCCAUUUAGAAUAUAAAGCAAAACUCCGAGAGUCCUGCUUUGAUCCAGGCAAUAUAAUGAAUGGCACCAGACUUGGAAUGGAUUAUAAAUUAGGGUCAACUGUCACCUAUUACUGUGAUGCUGGGUACGUUCUUCAAGGUUAUUCGACACUCACUUGUAUCAUGGGAGACGAUGGAAGACCUGGAUGGAAUAGAGCCUUACCAAGUUGUCAUGCACCAUGUGGAAGUCGUUCAACGGGUUCAGAAGGCACUGUUCUAUCACCAAACUAUCCAAAAAAUUACAGUGUGGGACAUAAUUGUGUUUAUUCUAUAGCAGUCCCCAAGGAAUUUGUGGUGUUUGGCCAGUUUGUAUUUUUCCAGACAUCACUCCACGAUGUUGUUGAGGUGUAUGAUGGGCCAACUCAGCAAUCUGCUCUGUUAUCUUCCCUCUCAGGAUCCCACUCAGGAGAAUCACUUCCACUGAGUUCAGGUAAUCAGAUCACAAUUCGAUUUACUUCAGUUGGACCAAUAACAGCUAAGGGAUUUCACUUUGUUUAUCAAGCUGUUCCUAGAACAAGUUCCACACAGUGCAGUUCUGUGCCCGAACCAAGAUUUGGAAGAAGGAUUGGCAAUGAAUUUGCAGUCGGUUCAUUGGUUCUUUUUGAAUGUAAUCCAGGAUAUAUUCUCCGUGGAUCCAUUGCAAUUAGGUGUGAUACAGUGCCCAAUUCUUUGGCCCAAUGGAAUGAUUCCUUACCUACCUGUAUUGUUCCCUGUGGUGGAAUUUUAACUAAGCGCAAAGGGACAAUUUUAUCUCCUGGAUAUCCUGAGCCUUAUGACAACAAUCUGAAUUGUGUAUGGAAGAUCACAGUGCCAGAGGGAGCAGGCAUUCAAGUACAAGUUGUCAGCUUUGCUACAGAACAUAACUGGGAUUCCCUGGACUUUUAUGAUGGGGGAGAUAACAAUGCUCCAAGACUUGGAAGUUAUUCAGGAACAACAAUACCCCAUCUUUUGAAUAGUACGUCUAACAAUCUGUAUUUAAAUUUUCAAUCAGACAUCAGUGUUUCUGCUGCAGGUUUUCACCUUGAAUACACAGCAAUUGGUUUGGAUUCUUGUCCUGAACCACAAACUCCUAGCAGUGGAAUUAAAAUUGGAGACAGAUACAUGGUUGGUGAUGUGGUAUCCUUUCAGUGCGAUCAAGGCUACUCUCUUCAGGGUCAUUCGCACAUUACAUGUAUGCCUGGACCUGUAAGAAGAUGGAAUUACCCAAUUCCAAUUUGUUUGGCUCAGUGCGGUGGUGCUAUGUCAGAUUUCAGUGGUGUGAUCCUCAGCCCUGGGUUUCCUGGAAACUACCCCAGCAGUUUAGAUUGCACAUGGACAAUAAAGCUGCCCAUAGGUUUUGGUGUACAUCUCCAGUUUGUAAAUUUUUCUACAGAAACCAUACAUGAUUACUUGGAAGUAAGAAGUGGAUCCUCCGAAACUAGUACUGUUAUUGGCCGGCUUAGUGGUCCUCAGAUACCAUCUUCCUUAUUCAGCACGACCCAUGAAACCAGCCUGUAUUUUCACAGUGACUAUUCACAAAACAAACAAGGGUUCCACAUUGUAUACCAAGCCUAUCAGCUACAAAGCUGUCCUGAUCCACGCCCGUUUCGAAAUGGCUUUGUCAUUGGCAGUGAUUUUACUGUGGGUCAAACCGUUUCAUUUGAAUGUUUCCCUGGAUACACACUAAUUGGAAAUUCAGCUCUCACUUGCCUUCAUGGAGUGAGUCGAAAUUGGAAUCAUCCACUUCCAAGGUGUGAAGCUCUUUGUGGAGGGAAUAUAACUGCAAUGAAUGGUACCAUUUACUCUCCUGGGUAUCCUGAUGAAUAUCCCAACUUCCAAGACUGUUUUUGGCUUGUACGAGUAGCCCCUGGGAAUGGAAUCUACAUUAAUUUCACUGUCCUUCAAACAGAACCAAUCUAUGAUUUUAUUACUGUAUGGGAUGGGCCAGAUCAAAACUCACCUCAGAUUGGGCAAUUCAGUGGCAAUACUGCGUUGGAAUCAGUCUAUAGCACUUCAAAUCAGAUUCUAAUCAAAUUCCACAGUGAUUUUACAACAAGUGGCUUUUUUGUUCUCAGCUAUCAUGCCUAUCAGCUAAGAGUGUGCCAACCUCCACCACCUGUACCCAAUGCUGAAAUUUUGACAGAAGAUGAUGAAUUUGAAAUAGGUGACAUUAUUAGGUACCAGUGUCUUCCAGGAUUUACUUUGGUCGGUAAUGCAAUCCUGACAUGCAGAUUAGGAGAACGGCUCCAGAUGGAUGGGGCACCUCCAGUUUGUCAAGUUCUCUGUCCUGCCAAUGAAUUACGGCUGGAUUCCACGGGAGUCAUAUUGAGUCCUGGAUAUCCUGACAGUUACCCAAAUCUGCAAAUGUGUGCCUGGAGCAUUUCAGUAGAAAAGGGAUAUAACAUCAGCAUGUUUGUAGAAUUCUUCCAGACAGAGAAGGAAUUUGAUGUUCUUCAGGUGUAUGAUGGACCAAAUAUUCAAAGUCCAGUGCUUGUUUCCCUCAGUGGAGAUUAUUCAUCUGCUUUUAAUGUAACGAGCAACGGUCAUGAGGUUUUUCUCCAGUGGUCAGCAGAUCAUGGCAAUAACAAAAAAGGCUUCCGGAUAAGAUAUAUCGCUUUCUACUGUAGCACCCCAGAAUCCCCGCCUCACGGAUACAUCAUCAGUCAGACAGGUGGACAACUUAAUAGUGUGGUGCGCUGGGCCUGUGAUCGAGGAUUCCGACUUGUGGGUAAAAGCAGUGCUGUGUGUAGAAGGUCUUCCUAUGGGUAUCAUGCAUGGGAUGCUCCGGUCCCUGCUUGUCAAGCAAUUUCCUGUGGGAUACCUAAAGCUCCAAAAAAUGGAGGAAUACUUACAACAGACUACUUGGUAGGAACACGAGUUACCUAUUUUUGUCAUGAUGGAUAUAGAUUGUCAUCUAAGGAACUUACCACUGCUGUAUGCCAAUCAGAUGGAACUUGGAGCAAUCACAACAAGACCCCUCGCUGUGUUGUUGUUACAUGUCCAAGCAUCAACUCCUUUACCUUGGAACAUGGAAGAUGGCGAAUUGUGAAUGGAUCCCAUUAUGAAUACAAAACCAAGGUAGUUUUCAGCUGUGACCCUGGUUAUCAUGGGCUAGGUCCCGCUUCUAUUGAAUGCCUUCCUAAUGGUACAUGGAGUUGGAGAAAUGAAAGACCCUAUUGCCAAAUUAUUUCCUGUGGAGAACUACCUACACCUCCAAAUGGAAAUAAGAUUGGAACUCAAACUUCAUAUGGCUCCACGGCCAUUUUUACCUGCGAUUCAGGAUUCAUGCUGGUCGGUUCUGCUGUCCGGGAAUGCCUUUCCUCAGGUCUUUGGAGUGGAUCUGAAACCAGAUGCCUAGCGGGUCACUGUGGCAUUCCAGAACUCAUCGUGAAUGGUCAAGUCAUUGGAGAAAAUUACGGUUACAGAGACACUGUUGUUUAUCAGUGUAACCCUGGUUUUCGAUUGAUUGGUUCCUCAGUGAGAAUAUGUCAACAGGACCACAAUUGGUCUGGUCAGCUCCCAUCCUGUGUGCCUGUCAGCUGUGGUCAUCCUGGUAGCCCAAUUUAUGGACGAACAAGUGGAAAUGGAUUCAACUUUAAUGAUGUGGUAACAUUCUCCUGCAAUAUUGGGUACCUUAUGCAAGGGCCAACUAAGGCGCAGUGCCAGGCCAACAGACAAUGGAGCCAUCCUCCACCAAUGUGCAAAGUGGUGAACUGUUCUGAUCCUGGAAUUCCAGCCAAUUCCAAAAGAGAAAGUAAAAUAGAACAUGGAAAUUUCACCUAUGGUACUGUAGUAUUCUAUGACUGCAAUCCAGGAUAUUUCUUGUUUGGGUCUUCAGUUUUGAUAUGUCAGCCAAAUGGACAGUGGGACAAACCUUUACCAGAAUGUAUCAUGAUUGACUGUGGACACCCUGGCGUCCCUCCUAAUGCAGUCCUGUCUGGUGAGAAGUAUACCUUUGGGUCUACUGUUCACUAUUCCUGCACAGGAAAGCGUAUCCUUUUAGGCCAUUCAUCAAGGACAUGCCAAUUAAAUGGCCAUUGGAGUGGAUCACAGCCUCAUUGUUCAGGUGACGCUACUGGUACCUGUGGGGAUCCAGGUACCCCCGGUCACGGUUCUAGACAGGAAAGCGAUUUCAGAACUCAAAGUUCCGUACGUUUUGCUUGUGAUACUGGUUAUGUUCUUCAUGGCUCAGAAGAAAGAACAUGUUUAGCUAAUGGCAGUUGGACUGGAAGGCAGCCAGAAUGCAAAGCUGUACAGUGUGGUAACCCAGGAACAACAGCCAAUGGCAAAGUCUUCCGGAUUGAUGGCUUAACAUUUUCUAGUUCAAUCAUUUAUUCCUGCAUGGAAGGAUAUAUUCUUUCUGGACCUUCAGUUAGACAGUGCACAGCCAAUGGAACGUGGUCUGGAACUUUGCCUAACUGUACAAUAAUUAGUUGUGGAGACCCAGGUAUACCGGCCAAUGGACUGAGAUAUGGAGAUGAUUAUGUGGUUGGACAAAAUGUUUCCUACAUGUGCCAGCCAGGCUAUACGAUGGAAUUGAAUGGUUCCAGAACCAGGACCUGCACAACUAAUGGCACCUGGAGUGGAGUAAUGCCAACCUGUAGAGCUGUUACCUGCCCAACUCCUCCCCAGAUCUCUAAUGGAAGGUUGGAAGGAACACAUUUCGACUGGGGCUUUAGUAUUAGCUACAUCUGUUCUCCAGGCUAUGAACUAUCCUUUCCUGCUGUUCUGACCUGUGUAGGGAAUGGUACCUGGAGUGGGGAAGUACCACAGUGCUUACCAAAGUUUUGUGGUGACCCUGGUAUACCUGCCCAAGGAAAAAGAGAAGGCAAAAGCUUUAUAUACCAGUCAGAGGUUUCAUUCAGCUGCAAUUCUCCUUUCAUACUAGUGGGAUCAAGCACCAGGAUAUGUCAAGCAGAUGGUACUUGGAGUGGUUCGUCACCGCACUGCAUAGAACCAACUCGUACCUCAUGUGAAAAUCCAGGAGUGCCACGGCAUGGGUCUCAGAACAAUACAUUCGGAUUUCAAGUAGGAAAUGUUGUACAGUUUCAUUGCAAAAAAGGACACCUUCUCCAGGGAUCUACAACACGCACUUGCCUUCCUGACCUUACAUGGAGUGGAAUUCAGCCUGAGUGCACACCACACAGCUGUAAACAGCCGGAAACUCCUGCUCACGCGAAUGUAGUAGGCAUGGACCUUCCAUCCCACGGGUAUACGCUCAUUUAUACCUGCCAGACUGGCUUCUUCUUAGCAGGUGGAACAGAACAUAGAGUGUGUAGAUCUGAUAACACCUGGACUGGAAAAGUUCCUGUUUGUGAAGCUGGUUCCAAAAUAUUGGUGAAAGAUCCUAGACCUGCACUAGGAACACCCAGCCCAAAACUAAGUGUUCCUGAUGAUGUGUUUGCUCAAAAUUAUAUAUGGAAAGGCUCUUACAAUUUCAAAGGAAAGAAACAACCCAUGACCUUGACGGUUACGAGUUUUAAUGCUUCCACUGGGAGAGUCAAUGCAACACUCAGCAAUAGCAACAUGGAACUGCUACUUUCAGGCGUAUAUAAAAGCCAGGAAGCUCGCCUAAUGUUACACAUCUAUCUUAUUAAAGUACCAGCUCAUGCUUCUGCAAAGAAAAUGAAGGAGGAAAAUUGGGCCAUGGAUGGCUUUGUUUCUGCUGAGCCUGAUGGAGCUACUUAUGUGUUUCAAGGAUUUAUUCAGGGCAAAGAUUAUGGGCAAUUUGGACUACAAAGACUGGGACUGAAUAUGUCAGAAGGUUUAAAUUCUUCAAAUCAACCUCAUGGUACAAAUAGUAGUUCGGUGGCCAUUGCUAUUCUUGUGCCUUUUUUUGCACUUAUAUUUGCAGGAUUUGGAUUUUAUCUUUAUAAACAAAGGACUGCACCCAAAACACAGUAUACAGGAUGUUCAGUUCAUGAAAAUAACAAUGGCCAAGCAGCGUUUGAAAACCCCAUGUACGACACCAACGCGAAGUCAGUGGAAGGGAAGGCAGUGCGAUUCGAUCCCAACUUGAACACGGUCUGCACAAUGGUAUAACGCGGCAACCCUCGGCCUUCUUCCAGAGCUUGGAAAUUGACACACAAAACAGUGCACAUUAGUUCACUGCUCAACAAAUUAAAGCACACUUUUCAGGACUUGCUGGGUCACCUUUUCCUGAGGAAUGAGAGAGAAGAGUGUUUUUUUCAUAAACUGGUACAUAAUUCUUCUUCAUGGUUACCAUGGAGCGUUUUACAGAAAUCCGGCUGCACUCUGAGAGUGCUUACUCACAGUUUAUUUGCUUUUUUAAAAAAGGAGAUUAUUCUAAAACAUAAACUUAUUUGCAUAUAUUGGAGGAGCAUCCACUCUCAGUAUUUCUGUGCUUUCUAAACUAUAGUAGAGGGACUGGGUUAAAAAAGAAAAAGAUAUAGGGUAGACAAUAAGAGCUAUAUUUACCAGAGUCAGUAGAUCACUGGCUUCUCUUUAACUGUCACGCACUACGUCACACCCAUAAGUGUGUGUUUCACACCGUCCUAUUGGCUCUUUGUUGUUCCGUUGUUGUUUUUCUUAUUUCCAUUGUUAUUUGAGAUUGAGUCAAGCCCUGGAACGUUUCUGAGCUAAUUUAUACCACAGAAGAGAUACAAUUACCCACUCUGAUUUCACUGUUUAUAGUUUUUGUUCUUUAGCAUCAUAUUGCUAUUCUUUUUUUUUUUUUUAGACUGGUUGUCAUAAUUUCUACAAAUGGCAAGAUCAUCAUGCCAUUCUCCCGAUUUUCCUCAUGAUGUUGUUGUAAUCUGUAGUAUUCUGUGAGUCAUGGGUGAGAGCUUAACUUCUUGCCUCAAUCAGUUUUGUCACCCAGAAACCACUUCAGCUGGCAAAAGUUAUCUAUAAUAAUGAUUAUUUUGCAGUUAUCUGAGACACCAAACUUAUCAUCUUUUACCAGACUUUCCAAUGUUUCUGAAAGACCAAAUAGAACCUAUUAAUCUAUUGUAUUUAGUUUAUGAUGCAUCUGCUUUUCCUUCCAGUUGAGCCUUCAAAUUUAUUUAACAUUGUUUUGAACUUUUAUCUAACAAAUUGAGUUAGACAUAUAUUUUGGAUCAGCCCCUAAACAUAACAAAAAAAUCUACUCUUUCUAAUCACCAGUAUAAAGUUGUUUCCUAAAGUUGUGGAUUUACCAAAUUUUCAUGUAUUUUAAAAUUUUUAUACUCUUAUUCUUAAAACAUAGGUUUCAAAGAUGACAGGUUUCUUUUAUUAUCAAAUUAUGGUAUGUAUUUGCAAGUUAUUGGUGUCUCAUUUACAACUGCAUUUACAACUGUCUCACAGUAAUACCAGCAUUUUGAUUUAAUAGGUCAUUGUCUUCCUCUUAUAGCAUGUUUCACUUUGUUGAAUAAAUCAUGUACCCAGUGUGAACUCUGUUAUUCUUUCUUUCAAAUAUGGAUAACUCUGUAAACAGUCUUGAUUUUUUGUAUCAUGAGACAGAGUGCCUAAAAGAAAUCAUUGCAUCUGGAGCGCUGCUUGGAUCUAUCUCGACAACAUUUAGUGAAUUUCUUGUAAACCACUUUGAGAUAUUUUGUUUUGGAAAUUCAUACAAUUUUCCCAACAUUGUGCUCUACUGACAGGAUGCCGUUUUAAAUUUUAUGCCAUCAGUUAUUUAUUCUUGUUUAUUCAAAUGACUGCAAUAACAAUGAUUCAUUCAUUAAUGUUAAGGUUAAUACAUCGAUGAUCUUGUUUAAACAAUGUUUCUUCUGCAACUGGCUACUCCUCUUAUAUUAAUGCAUACACUUUUGUAAAGAAGUAUAUUUUUAUGAAAAAAAACUUUGUAAAAGUAUGAUGUAAAUUUUCAGUGCAAUGUAAACAAAAUAAA